AUGUCGUCCGGGGGCAAGGAUGGGGGCGGGGGCUCCCCCGCCUACCACCUCCCACACCCACACCCACACCCACCCCAGCACGCCCAGUAUGUGGGCCCCUAUCGGCUGGAGAAGACGCUGGGCAAAGGACAGACAGGUCUGGUUAAACUCGGGGUCCACUGCAUCACGGGCCAGAAGGUGGCCAUCAAGAUCGUGAACCGGGAGAAGCUGUCUGAGUCGGUGCUGAUGAAGGUGGAGCGGGAGAUAGCCAUCCUGAAGCUCAUUGAGCACCCGCACGUCCUCAAACUCCACGACGUCUACGAGAACAAGAAAUAUUUGUACCUGGUUCUGGAGCACGUGUCUGGAGGUGAGCUGUUCGACUACCUGGUGAAGAAGGGGAGACUGACCCCCAAGGAGGCCCGGAAGUUCUUCCGCCAGAUCGUGUCGGCACUGGACUUCUGCCACAGCUACUCCAUCUGCCACAGAGACCUGAAGCCCGAGAACCUGCUUCUGGACGAGAAAAACAACAUCCGCAUUGCAGACUUUGGCAUGGCGUCCCUGCAAGUGGGGGACAGCCUUCUGGAGACCAGCUGUGGGUCCCCCCACUAUGCGUGCCCGGAGGUGAUUAAGGGCGAGAAGUAUGACGGCCGCCGGGCUGACAUGUGGAGCUGCGGAGUCAUCCUCUUUGCCCUGCUCGUGGGGGCUCUGCCCUUCGACGACGACAACCUCCGCCAGCUGCUGGAGAAGGUGAAACGGGGCGUCUUCCACAUGCCCCACUUCAUCCCUCCAGACUGCCAGAGCCUGCUGCGGGGGAUGAUUGAAGUGGAGCCCGAGAAGAGGCUCAGCCUGGAGCAAAUUCAGAAACACCCCUGGUACCUGGGCGGGAAACACGAGCCGGAUCCGUGCCUGGAGCCAGCCCCGGGCCGCCGUGUGGCCAUGCGGAGCCUGCCGUCAAACGGAGAGCUGGACCCGGAUGUCCUGGAGAGCAUGGCGUCACUGGGCUGCUUCAGGGACCGUGAGCGGCUGCACCGGGAGCUGCGCAGUGAAGAGGAGAACCAAGAGAAGAUGAUAUACUACCUGCUUUUGGAUCGGAAGGAACGGUACCCCAGCUGUGAGGAUCAGGACCUGCCUCCCCGGAAUGAUGCUGACCCACCUCGGAAGCGUGUGGAUUCCCCCAUGCUGAGCCGUCACGGGAAGCGGCGGCCAGAGCGGAAGUCCAUGGAAGUCCUGAGCAUCACAGAUGCUGGGGGUGGUGGCUCCCCAGUGCCCACUCGACGGGCCCUGGAGAUGGCCCAGCACAGCCAGAGAUCCCGUAGUGUCAGUGGAGCCUCCACUGGUCUGUCGUCCAGUCCCCUGAGCAGCCCAAGGAGUCCGGUCUUUUCCUUCUCGCCGGAGCCUACUGGAGAUGAGGCCCGGGGUGGGGGCUCACCGACUUCUAAAACGCAGACGCUGCCUUCUCGGGGCCCCAGGGGUGGGGGCGCCGGGGAGCAGCCCCCGCCCCCUAGUGCCCGCUCCACACCCCUGCCUGGCCCCCCAGGCUCCCCGCGCUCCUCCGGGGGGACCCCUUUGCACUCGCCCCUGCACACGCCCCGGGCCAGCCCCACUGGGACCCCAGGGACAACGCCGCCCCCCAGCCCCGGCGGCGGAGUCGGAGGAGCUGCCUGGAGGAGUCGUCUCAACUCCAUCCGCAACAGUUUCCUGGGCUCCCCCCGCUUUCACCGGCGCAAGAUGCAGGUCCCCACUGCCGAGGAGAUGUCCAGUUUGACGCCAGAGUCCUCUCCAGAGCUGGCAAAACGCUCUUGGUUCGGGAACUUCAUCUCCUUGGACAAAGAAGAACAAAUAUUCCUCGUGCUAAAGGAUAAACCUCUCAGCAGCAUCAAAGCGGACAUUGUCCACGCCUUCCUGUCGAUCCCCAGCCUCAGUCACAGCGUGCUGUCUCAGACCAGCUUCAGGGCUGAGUACAAGGCCAGCGGUGGCCCCUCCGUCUUCCAGAAGCCCGUCCGCUUCCAGGUGGACAUCAGCUCCUCGGAGGGUCCAGAACCCUCCCCCAGGCGGGACAGCAGCGGGGGCGGCAUCUACUCUGUCACCUUCACGCUCCUCUCUGGUCCCAGCCGCCGGUUCAAGCGGGUGGUGGAGACCAUCCAGGCCCAACUGCUGAGCACACACGACCAGCCGUCUGUACAGGCCUUGGCAGACGAGAAGAAUGGCACCCAGACCCGGCCUGCUGGGACCCCGCCCCGAAGCCUGCAGCCCGCGCCUGGCCGCCCAGACCCGGAGCUGACCAGCUCUCCCCGCCGAGGCCCCCCUAAGGACAAGAAGCUCCUGGCCACCAACGGGAGCCCCCUGCCCUGA